CACACACACAUAAUCCUGUGACUGGGCUCGGGGGGGGAAAAAAGACAGCCCGGAGCGUUGAGCUGUCACACACACCGUUUGAACUCGGCGACGACCUCAGCACCACCAGACUGGUCCGUGGGGCGAGAGACCACGCAAGAACCAAAGAGAGCGAGAACAAAAGGAGUCAACAAAAGAAGCACGGAACAAGUAGAACUGAAACGGGGACCUUGAACCUUUACGGAGAGGAGUGCGAGCAGGAGAGGACAGGAGAGGGGGAGGACAGGAGAGGACAGGAGAGGGGAGGAUGCCUGAGAUUAAGUCGAGCGUCGGUCGGACGGGCAGCUACCUGUCCCACUCUGCCUACAGGAAGAUCAAGAGGGUGCUGAGCUUCAGACGCAGGGUGUUCGGCCAGCGUCUGGAGGAGACAGUGCUGUACGAGCGGCGCUACGGCGUUCACAUGGCGCCCUUGGUGGUGGAGCAGUGUGUCGACUUCAUCCGGGAGCGGGGGCUGCUGGAGGUGGGCUUGUUUCGUCAGCCGGGCCAGGCCACGCUGGUCAGGGAGCUGCAGGAAGCCUUUGACGCGGGCGAGAAGCCCUCCUUCGACAGCAGUACAGACGUCCAUACCGUAGCGUCCCUCCUAAAGCUCUACCUUAGAGAGCUGCCCGAGCCACUGGUGCCUUUCUCCCGCUACCAGGACUUCCUCCUGUGUGGCAAGAAGCUAUCCUCCGAGAGGACACAGGGGUUGGUCGAGCUCAGGUGUCUUCUUCAUGAACUUCCAGUGGCCAACUUCAACCUGCUCCACUACAUCUGCCAGUUCUUGAACGAGGUCCAGACCUUCUCCUGCAGCAACAAGAUGAGCACCCAGAACCUGGCCACCGUAUUUGGACCGAACAUCCUCCGGCCUAAAGCUGAGGACCCAGAGAGUAUCAUAGGAGGCGCGGCUGUAGUGCAGCAGCUGAUGUUGGAGCUGAUCAGGGAACACCAGUGUCUUUUCUCCAAGGAGGGGGGCGCGUCCGGGACCCCGCCUGGCCCCUCGCGUCCAGACUCCUACCCCUGCCGGAGGAGGGGUACAGGGGAAUCCUGGCCCCCCCAGCCCUGUCCUGCCACCCACCAGCAGCGAGCCCCACGGUCCUCCCCCUGCUCACGCCAGCUCUCCCUCCCUCUCAUUGCCGAGAGAAGGGGCUCUGGUCUGAGCCCCAUGUUCCCCUUCCCCUCCAACGCAGACCCGCCACAUUGUGAGGCUCUCUCCCCUGUCAGCCCUGCUGGAGCUCUGUGCCACAGAUACCCCCCCUCCCACCCAGACUACCACCCCCAGCCCGGCCACCCAGCCUCCACCCUCCCCACCUCAGCCUCCACGGUCACUCUCCAGGCCGACCUGGAGCCGGCACCAGGCCCCAGCAGGAACACCAGGCUCGGGUCCGGGGGCUGGCCAGGCCUGGAGGGCCCUCACUGGGGGGCAGAGAGAGCCAACGAGGGGGGCCUAGCUGGCAACACGAGCGGCAGCAGCGAGACUCAGGAGGACAGCACUCUUUCGGUCUACGACAACCUGGACAUUCGGUCGGUCGAGCUUAAGGGCGAGGUGGGGGAGAGGGGGGAAGACCACGCCGGUGGCCUCGCCGUCACCAAGCAAGAGGUGGAGCCCGAACCGGAAGCAGACUCCACCAGUUCCUGGUCGUCCUGUGAAGGCCUGCCAUUGGACGGCGGCGGUGCCGUGGGCGCUGAAGGCGGAGCCAUUCCUGAACAGCGCCCAGCCAGGUUCACCUCCUUCAGAUCCCACACGGAGGAAGAUGACGAGGACCCCCACCCCAAUUCCCCCGCCUCCUCCUCCGUCCCCACCGACCCCCUGCUGAGCACGGGGAGCUCAGAGGUGUUCCUGCCCUCCGGGCCCCUGGAACCCCUGGCCCCGGCCCCUCAUGUCCAGGCUAUCCACUGCCUGCUGGCUGGCCUGAGACAGCAGAUGGCCCGGCAAAGGGCCGAGUACGAGACUAAGAUCCAGAGGUUGGAGCAGCGCAACGAGGCCCUCCAGGGGGAGAUGGCGGUACUGCGGGCCAACCUGACACAGCAGCGACGCUGGCACAGCGUGGCCGAGAUCAAGAUUCGCAACGUGGAGCGCGCCCGCUCCGACGCCGACCGGCGCAACGCCACGCUGCAGCGCGAGAUGGAGCAGUUCUUCGAGACCUUCGGAGACCUGAGCGCCGAGGCCAGGAAGGCAGAACGCAUCGUCCAGAGCUUCUGAAGGCCGGUGCUAAGGAGGACGGAGAGAUGGACGGAGAUGUAUACGUCUUUUAUCCAUCGUGAAGCCGCCUUUUGACGUGGUUACGAAACGGACAGGGAGGGUUUAAGACGCUGACUCAGGGGUCAUCAUUCAAGACCCUUUCUCAACACCUUAACGGUUAGUGAGAACAUCCUCACUAAUGCACCAGCUUGCAAGGAAGAGAAACAAGACAAUUAUUCGAGGAGAGGACCUAAACGAAAAAAUACUUUUACCAAGAGAUGGCUAAUGGUGGUAAAUCUUGACGGCCUCGCUCGACAGAACUCUCUGGCAACUUUGAGAUAGAUGCAACCUCUGGUUGAAACAGAGAAGCCAGGAUUUGUUUUGUCUCACCCAUAGCUCCAAGCUCACUUCAGACCAGACUACACGCAAACAGAGCGGACCAGGUAGGGGAUCCAGACCAGAGCAAUCGACUAUUUCCAGAUAGAGCACCACAGGAAGGACAGUGUGAGCCUGACAGUGUGAACUCAAUGACCCGGCCGCAUGAUGGUGACAAACAAAGGUUGACGUCCAAAGGUUGACAUGGUUAAUACUCUUGUCAGAAAUAGACCAGGAUUCACUACCCCUGAGUGUUGAGGUCAUUUUCUAUUUGUGUGUUUAGUGACAGACUAGGGGUCUUUAAUCAUCAAGUAUUUUCCUGACGAUGGAAAUAUAGAUAUGGAUAAUUCUGGAACGGUUGAAAGACCCGGUCACCUUCUCAUCGAAGAGCAAGGUGACUGGCUGUGCGUUGUAGAGAAAGACUGAGUCUGAUGUACCAGUGAGUGUAGUCCAACGUUUGUAUGCUGCAUUAGUAUCGUUCAGUGUGCUAACUACACACAAGCAACUUUAUUCCAGUUUUCCAUGGGAUGCGAGUCCCUCUUUUGUCCUCUAUCUCUCUCUCUCUCUCUCUCUCUCUCUCUCUCUCAAACACACAGUCAAUCAUUUGUAUAAAAUAAAACUACCAAAGACUUAACCACACUCGUAUUUAAGCAAUUUAUAUUUGCAUUCUGCCUGCAUUUCUCAAUGACAUUUUUGCCGUCCUGAUGACAGUAUUUGGGUUUGUGAACCAGUAAAGAAACAGUAAUGCCACUUUUAAACAAUCCCUUUUAUGUUGUCCUUGAGAGGGAAGUACACACAUUUUUAAGGACUCGGAUCUUUGAAUCUUGUUCAAUGAAAUGAACAAAUAUUUUCCGGAUCUUUUUGUUCAUUUGAGUCACUAUGGCAGUCUUGUCCUGCUCUAAACGACAACUGUUCAAUGAUGAACAUCAUCAGAUAACACAACUCCGCCUUGAUAUCAGUACCUCCAAAAUAAAACCAAAUGGCCCACUCCCUGUUGCACAGGUUUGCAGUGCGACAAUUCAUUCCAUCAACAGUACUGUUCAAAAGACUAAAGAUCCAUGGUCUUAUCUUCCUAGAGUCCUUAGAAUGAUUUUUCUUUUACUCGCUUGUCAGAUCACGGAGCUGUUUUCUUGUUUUGAAUGGGAAAGAUUGAGAUCUCCAUAUCCUUCACGGAUCCUUUGAGCGAUUCGUUUACCCGCAUAGUGAGUGCAGUGCAAGCCAAGCACUGGGGUGGAAAACAAACAAAUCACUCACAUGGGGGUGAAUCAUGAUUUGUAAUCCAGUCAACUGACUGGUUCAUAAGAAUGAAUUGUUCAUGAACACCCAUCACCUUCAGAGUUAGCCUAAGGGCUUUAGUCAGAUGCUGUGGGACUUUUUAUGAAAUUGCCACUACAGGGAACCCAUACACAUCUUGUUCAGAUGACAGAUUUUCAACCUCAAGAGCUGAGGUAAAAAGAUAAGACUUGAACAGAUCUACAGAACAAUAAUUAUUGUUGGGACUUUUUCUUUCUUUAAACACUGAAAGAUAGUUAUUUUAUCGUACUUAUAGAUUGACAGACGCAUCAACAUCAAAAUCUAAUACAAAGAACGGAUUUUCAUUACCUGCAUGCAGACAGCAUUGUACUCAAGGCAACUCAACACAUUGUCAUGACACAAAAAACAUUAAGGAACAGAUCAUCUCUGGCCUUGAAAAUGACACGAAAAUCUUAAAUAAUUUGAUAUAAAAGACAAAGAACUUCUCUACAUUUAAAAUAUAUAUUUAUAUUUGGAAUGCAUAUAUUUGGUAUAGAAAAUAGGUUGAACGAAAA